UUGUCCUUAAAUGAACAAACUGGUAGUCCUUAAAAGAUUCAGCAUUCAAUGCGGAGAUAUAUAAGUUAGCCUAAGAAAGUGCCAGAUUCAGUCACUUUGCACUUAGAUGUGAAGAUAUUAGCGAUUUGAUAAGAGCAAUUAAUAUAAAACAAUGAAAUUCUGCGUGGUUCUGGUCUUGGUCUUGCAAAUUGCCAUUUGCUUGGGCCAAACGUACACGUCGAGGUUCGAUAAUAUCAAUAUCGAUGAAAUUCUGUCCAAUAAACGAGUGUUAAAUAAUUAUGUUCGGUGUGUCUUAGACGAAGGCCCGUGUACUGCUGAAGGAAGAGAACUGAGAACUCAUAUUCCUGAAGCGUUGAGAACGAGCUGCGCCAAAUGUACGCCAUCACAGCAGAAAUUCGUGCGAAAAGGGGCCAAUUUCCUGAUCAAAAACGACCCCGAUCAAUGGAAGAGGAUUGCGAAGAAAUUUGAUCCUGAGGGCAAAUUUGCUCCUCAAUUCCGCCAGUUCUUGAACGCCUAAAGGAGAAUUUUGCGUGCCUUCAUCAUUUGAUUAAUUUAUUUUAGUUGAUUUUUUUGUUUGUUGUUGUAUAUUUUCUAACAACUUUGUUACCCAAUUUUGAAUAAACCUCAAGUUGGUGUAUGUGGA